AAUUUCCCAAUCUCUCAUCGCAACCUCCACGCAAGCUGUGCAUCUAAUCCCAAUCUUCUCUAUUGUUUAUAUAAUCAUUGUCUUUCUCUCUCUUUGUUUAUAACUAGCUAAAACUUCCUCUCCCCAUAUCUCUAAUUAACCUCCCGCCUUAAUUCUCUUUCUCUUGCAAAUUCUCAAACCUCUUUUGUUUCUUUCUCUCUUUUUGGGUUAAGAUAGAUUCCUUAUUUUCCUCUAAAAAAGAAGGGGAAGAAAAAAAAAAAAAAAAUCCAACUGAUUAGCUUUUAGCUUGUAGCAUAUAUAUGGCUGCUGAAUUGAAAAACCAUGGUGCCGUUUUGUCCGGCAAGAAAAGAUCGGCUGGACAUGACGACGGCGCCGAAGACAACAACGACUACGUUGUGGCUAAAAAAUCCAUGCCUUUCUUCUCAUCACCGGCGGCCAUGGCCCGGUACGACCCGGCGGCGGCAUUAGCCAGUGCUCGCCAUGAAUUCGGCGAGCACGGCGGUGUCAACAUGUCGAUAGAAGCCUCCGCCACCUUCACCGUCAUGGAGCCGGAGACCAUGCGCCGCAUGUUCUCCGGCGAAUUAGGACCGGACAGGGACUUCUUCAUCUACAGCCGGCACUUCAACCCGACGGUGUUGAAUCUGGGCCGUCAGAUGGCGGCUCUGGAAGGCACGGAAGCCGCGUACUGCACCUCCAGCGGGAUGUCGGCCAUAUCGUCGGUGCUGAUGCAGUUGGUUAGCAGCGGCGAGAACAUCGUGGCUUCCAGAACACUCUACGGCGGGACCCACGCCCUCAUGGCGCAUUUCCUCCCCAGGGUGGCCAACAUAACGACGACGUUCGUUGAUAUCCACGACAUGGAGAUGGUGAGGAAUGCGUUGGUGGUUGGGAAGACCAAGGUCUUGUACUGCGAGUCCAUCUCCAACCCCACCCUCAACGUGGCCGACAUUCCGGAGCUCAGCCGUAUAGCCCACGAGAAAGGGGUUAUGCUGGUGGUCGACAACACCUUCUCUCCCAUGUUCCUCUCUCCGGCCAGCCUCGGAGCCGACGUGGUGGUCCACAGUAUCUCCAAGUUCAUCAGCGGUGGGGCCGACAUCAUCGCAGGUGCAGUAUGUGGACCAGCGAGUUUAGUGAACUCGAUGAUGGAUCUUCAUCAAGGGUCCCUGAUGCUUCUGGGCCCCACAAUGAACGCCAAAGUGGCUUUUGAACUGUCAGAGAGAAUCCCCCACUUGGCGUUGAGAAUGAAGGAGCACUGCAACAGAGCAAUGGUUUACGCCACGAGGAUGAAGAAGAUGGGCCUCAAAGUCGUAUAUCCUGGGCUCGAAGACCAUCCACAGCACAAGCUUCUCAAGUCCAUGAUCAAUAAGGAGUACGGGUAUGGUGGGCUUCUUUGCGUGGACAUGGAAACAGAGGAGAGAGCAAACCGGCUGAUGAACCUUCUGCAAAACUACACCCAGUUUGGGUUCAUGGCUGUGAGCUUGGGAUACUAUGAGACCCUCAUGUCCUGCUCCGGCAGCAGCACAAGCAGCGAAAUGAACGCCGAGGAGAAAAAACUGGCCGGAAUAUCACCGGGACUGGUCAGAAUGUCGGUGGGAUAUAUUGGGACUCUGGAGCAGAGAUGGAGCCAGUUUGAAAAGGCAUUGUCUAGAAUGCAAGACUCUGGUCUGUUCAAGAACUGAUAUGGAACUGUCGCCCUUUUCUUUUUUGUUUUUUCUUUUUUUUACCUGUGCCUGUGUUUAUAAGAAAAGGUUAAAAAAUAAGUGCGUUUUGGGGGAGAGUUUGGGAUAGUGGUGGUCGUUGAUGUAAAAAAUUGUUCUCCCUAUCGAGUCCUUAAUUGGCUUGGCCUGUCUAGCUAAUUACAUAAUGGACUCAACUGCAUGUAAAUUUUCUUUCUCUGGGUAGUUCAAUGGGUUAUGUUCAUAUUCUCAAACAA